AUGUCUCAUCAGCUGCCCCUUCAAGUGCGAAAGGACAUUCGCGAUGUCUUCGCAAAAGACACCAGCACCGUUCAAGGAUCUUUGCAACACCUGGCCCGAGUCAUAGGCUAUCCUGUAUCAUGCGAACCAGAGUGGCACAUGCUCUGGACCGAACUGGAGCCUGCAUAUCCGGAUAAAGCCAUUUUCGUGCCUAGUGUCGCGAAAGUCAUCGAAGCCUGGUCCGACAGCCUUGUUAAAAGACUGGAAGACGACAGCUCUGAAGCCUGGACCGAAGUGCUGCUGGAGAAGUUAUCGCCAGUGAAGAGAGUGAAGCUGUCAAUUCAGGUCGCUGACGAGGCGAGGGUGAAAACAACCUGGUUCGAGGAUAGAUGCACCUUUAUCGUUACGCUGCCGACGAAGGCUUCAUCCCAUGCGUCGAACUCUGCAUUGUCAGCUUUUGCAGAAGAUCUCGAAACCCUCUUCGAAGCGAGCAAAAGUCCCGAUCCUGUCCAAUCGAACCAGAGUCACAACGAUGAUGACUGGGCUGAAUUGACGUCUAACGGCGGCAGCAAGAGUCUGAACAUCCGAAUGCGCCCUGAUGACCAACCUCCGCAGAAGCUGAGGGACCUCCCUUCUCUUCAAACAUUGCCACGACCGGAGAUACUUUUCCAGACCACGCUUCCAUAUCUGAUGCACGUAUUCUCGCACGGUACAAGCAAAGUGACUGUCAAUGGGACGCACGAGCCGAGCCUCCGACUUCUGGCCGAGUAUUUGCAGCGGUGGAUCAAGACCGAUCCUCAGGAUAUUCGAAAGAUUCCAUACUGGCGCAUCACGAUGCACGAAUCGAAACUCGGUCUCGGCAUGUUUCACGACUCGUUGACCAUUGAACCGUUCGACCAUCAUCAGCGAAACGCAGUAGUGAAUGUGUCCCUGAUCCUGGCCUUCAUCCAGGGCAUCCUGGGCUAUCACCCCGUCCCUGGACCAUCGAGCGCCGCGUACUGGGAAUUUCAAAGGAGCGUGUCGUUCGGUUCGUCUUGA